UGAGCACCCGGGAGCGACAAACCCGAAUCGCGAGAGGAUACGAGGCCAGACAGAAACAAAACAGGGUCCACGAGUCAUGGACAGCAUUGGCAUUCAUGACGAAACGCGUAUUCGGCCUGAGGCCCAGCCAAGAAAGGGACCAGCGGAGGCGUGACAGAAAGAGUAAUUCACCGGAGACAGUGUCUGACUUGGCUCGGCUAAUUGGAUUUAUACUGUCUGAUUGGAGGUUUAACUCCAGCAGGACUGGCGAUCUGCAGUGCCACGAGUUUCGUCACGAUCUUGGCGUGUGGGAUAAACAGCCGACGAGAUGUAUAAAGGCCUUCUCGCGGACAGACGGAUUUUCGUUUCACAGCAGUCAGCAAUCUAUCACAAUGGUAUCCAACUACUUUAUUACGGCAGCGCUGGCACUCGCCGCUACAGCCUCUGCCCAGUGUGGCUCCGGCACCCCCGAUGCCACCGUCGACGGCGAAGAAGGCGCCUACACUGCGUCCGUGGGUGGCAGCGAGGUCUACUCCGGCGACGACUACUACGCUGCAAUCACUGCCGGGCUUGACGGGAUCAGCUCCGGCCAGCGCCUGUCCAUCAUUGCCUCCGGCUCGAUUGGCUCGAACGUGAUCGAUAUCGACAGCGGCAAGAUCUUCGAAGGCUGCGGCACCAUCGACGUCCAGGAGAACAGUGGCCGUGGGAAUAUCCGGUCGCUGGGCACGACGGAUGUUCAGAUCCCAUACCUCUCUCUCACUGGCGCCCCGUACUUCGGUCUGCACUUUUACGGGGUCAGCGGUCUUUCCCUGGGCGAGAUCACGAUGAACCUGAGCGGAGGAAUCGGUAUCCGCUUUGAACGCGACGAAGCUGCCAACACUGAUGUGUCGAUGGAUGUUAUCAAUGUUACUGGCGCAGGUAGCCACGCUGUCGAGACCUGGAACAUCGACGGCCUCACCAUCAACCAGGUCAUCGCCAGGGACGUCGGCGAGUGCGGCCUGCUCAUCCAGGCCACGACAAACGCGCAGAUCGGAACUGUUGACGCCGAGAACGUUGCUGCAGGCACCGGAUACGCAGCCUUCCGUAUGGCGAACCAGAACGGCAGACUGGCAGACGGCAGCUACGAAACCAACGUGUUUGUGGAGAACGUCAUCGCGACGGGCGGAGGCCGUGGAGUGUUCUGUGUGUCCGAGUCUGGCGGUGUUGAGAUUGCCAACGUCGAGAUCUCCGACACGGAGAACAACUCGAUCCUCAUUGAGAACUGCUACGGGGUGUCGAUUCUGGGGGGGACUGUCACUGGGGGUGGCGAGAUCCGCAUCUCUGCUCGCGACGAGUUUGAGAUUACCAGCGAUGUCUCGAUCUCGCUCGAGGCCAACGGCGUCACUGUUGCUGAGAAUCCCUGUGGAGAGAAUAUCACUUGGGAUAUCAGCGGUGAUGCCACUCUUGACGUCUGCUCGGCGUGAUAGACUAUAUACAGUCUACACUAUAGCUCUGCUAUGUACAACGUGUUUAUUUAAAUCAAUUGUCAUUCCCUAUCUUUCUCUAUUAUAUACUAGGAACAGAGUGUCUCAAUCUGAGACUCUUGGCUGAUAUAUCUCCGACAACUGGCGUAACAGUUGGAUUAUAUGACUGGGGAGACUUAGGGCUGGCCGUGAAUGAGUUAUAACGAUGGUAUUCAACUAAGUCAUUGAUAAUUACUUCCCCUUGCCCU